CGUUAGCGCCAUUUUGUCUCACUCAACAGACGCCGUGCCGGCUCAGAGCAAUAUUACCAUAUUAAAAUUUCCUUAUUUGUGGAAAUUCAUACCAAAAUGGGCAAGAAAAAGAGUGGCGACAGCAGUGACCAGUCCAGCGAGGAAGAAUAUGUAGUGGAGAAAGUUCUAGACAGACGCGUGGUUAAAGGCAAGGUCCAAUACCUGCUGAAGUGGAAAGGCUACAAAGAAGAGGAAAGCACAUGGGAACCGGAGGACAACCUUGACUGUGCGGAGCUCAUCAAAACCUUCGAGGAUGCGCGCAAGGAAAAAGAGAAAUCAAAGAAGCCCGAGGAGCGAGCCAAGAAACGCGUCCGCGAGUCGAGCGAGGACACGCGCAAGUCCCGCGGCGCGUCCGUGUCGUCCGCCGACGGCGCCGACGCCAAGCGCAGCAAGGACAAGGACGACAAGAAGUCCGGCUUCGAGAAGGGGCUCAAGGCUGAGAAGAUUAUCGGUGCGAGUGACGCGACGGGGCAGCUGAUGUUCCUCAUAAAGUGGGCCGACUCGGACGAGGCCGAGCUGGUGCCCGCCAAGAUCGCUAACGUCAAGUGUCCGCAGGAGGUGAUCACAUUCUAUGAGGAGCGGCUGACAUGGCACACGCCGGCCGAGUCCGAGUGAGAUGCGCCCUCCGCGCGCCACUUACAAGCGCAUCUACCCGACACACCGUCUACCGCCUGACUACCAUCCACACCUGACUCAGUUAACCUUAUUCUA